AUGAGUGAAUUAAAAGAACUUAUUAAACAAAGGGGUCAUAUUAGAGCUCGACUUACUCUAUUUGAAAAAUAUUUAACACCCUUAAUGCAUUGCAAAGAAACUAAUACAUUGAAGAUACAUGAGCUCAAUCUUCGAUUAAAUAAAUUACGUGACCUUUCAUGUACCUUUGAGGAAGUUCAAUCAAAAAUUGAGAUGUUGAAUGAAGACACUGGCAAACAAGUAGAAGAACGCGAGACAACAGAGAAUUCAUUUUUUUAUUUGAUUGCUCAAGCUCAAUCCUUGUUAGAGUUUUUCGAAAAUUCAAAUAGGGUUGAACCUUCAUGCAACCAAACAUGUAAUAGUUAUAGCAAUUUAAAGUUACCGCCUUUAAAAAUCCCACCUUUUGACGGCGCUCCAAAUAAGUGGCUUUCCUUUAGGGAUACAUAUUUAUCUUUAAUUCACAACAAUGAAAAUAUUGACGAUAUUAGUAAAUUUCAUUACCUUAAAUCAUAUUUAGAGGGAAAUGUUUCUUCUGCCAUUAACUCUGUUACUGUAUCUUCUAAAAAUUAUGCAACCGCUUGGCAACUACUUUGCGAACGGUAUGAUAAUAAGCGUUUAUUGAUAAAUGAGCUAUUUUCUAGAUAUAUAUAUAGCUAG